AUGGAAGACCUUUCUGCUCAGGAGGAAGGCUGCUCUUCCCUUUCCUCAGACUUCAUAUCUGGAACGAAGAAUGACGACACCCCCCGCUUUGAUCCAGCAUCCCCAGAUGAAGGCCAGAUUGAUCUGGUCAUUCUCCACUUCAAUGACGUCUACGAGGUGGAGUCUAGGAAAGAGGAACCAGCAGGGGGUGCUGCCAGAUUUGCUACAGCAAUUAAAAAGUUCAGUUUCUUGAAUCCCCUUAUAAUCUUUAGUGGAGAUUGUUUAAAUCCGUCAGCCUUAAGUGUUAUAACGAAAGGAAAACAUAUGAUUCCAAUUUUAAACGCACUGGGAGUACACUUUGCAGUGUUUGGAAACCAUGAAUUUGAUUUUGGUUUGGACCUUUUGGAAGAGUACAGAAAACAAAUACAGUUUCCUUGGUUCCUCAGCAACGUGCAGGAUAAAGUUACUUCUGAACCACUGGGACAUGGAAUUAUAAAAACCAUCGUAACCUGGAAUGGUGUGCAAAUUGGUUUUAUGGGAUUAGUGGAAGAAGAUUGGCUGGAUACGUUAGCUACAAUCAAUAAAUCGAAUUUAAACUAUGUUGACUAUGUUAAGGUUGCCAAUGAACUAUCUGUGGAACUGAAAGCCAAGGGAGCAGAAGUUAUAAUUGCCAUGACACACAUGAAAUGGGUAAAUGACAUAAGGCUGGCCCAGAGUACUGAAGGAAUUGACCUAGUUCUAGGAGGGCAUGACCAUGAUUAUGGGAUAAAACAGGUGAAUGGAACGUGGAUUGUGAAAAGUGGAUCGGAUUUUAGAAAUUUCACAAGAAUAAACAUAAAGAAGGUCGGUGAAGCAUUUCAUUACACAUUUCGAAAAAUAGACGUUUUGCAGCAUUUGGAGGAAGAUACGCAUAUACAAUCAAUAAUACAAGAUUCUGCUCAAAACUUGCAGACUCUUCUGAAGGAAGUUCUCUGCCCAAUCGAUGUGGAAUUAGAUGGUCGUGUUACAACUGUUAGAAGAGUGGAGAGUAACUUGGGUAAUCUGGUAACCAACGCCAUGUUGGAAGCUACCCAUGCAGAUCUAGCAUUGCUUAAUUCAGGAACACUUCGUUCAAAUCGAAUACACCCAAUAGGAAAUUUUACAAUGCAUGACCUUUUGAGUAUUCUUCCAUUCAUGGAUGCCCUUCUGGUAGUCAGAAUUACAGGUGAACGUCUAUUGGAAGCUCUUGAAAAUGGAGUUUGUAGAUACCCAGCUCUUGAUGGAAGGUUUCCUCAAGUAGCAGGAAUAGAAUUUGGAUUUGACCCAAAUGCAGAACCAGGGCACCGAAUUUUAAGAGACUCUGUAAAAAUUCAAGGACAGUAUCUGAGGAGAAAACACAUUUAUCGACUUGCUGUUAAAGAAUACUUGGCUAAUGGAAAAGAUGGCUAUGUGAUGUUUCAAGAUUGUCCUAGGAUGUUUGGUACAGAAACUGCACAGAUGCUUUUCACAGUUGUUAUGAAUCACUUUGAGUCCAUCAAAAUUGUUAGAGGAACCAAGCAGUGCUGCUCUGGCCACCGAAUGAGUUUAGUUACCAAAUCAAAAUCUACAUCAUUAAUAGCCUUUGAAACACGAACAGAUGAACAAGAAGCUAUCAUUGCUGUGCCCGGUAUAGAAGGAAGAAUAUGUCACAUUUCACAAGACAUGAAGGAACACCUGCAACAGAUCCGAAUGGAAAGGCAAGAAGGUUUUCUUGAUCUUUUACUCAUUUGA